AUGCAAUUCAAAGCCAUAAUUUCCCCUUCUCCUAACAUUCAAAUCAAAAUUCCCAUGAUCAAACAAUUUUCUUUCUCCAAUUUUCGGCACCCUAAAACCUCCCUUAAGCCCUUCAAUUUAUGCUUUCCUAAAUCCCAUCAAAUUCCCAGAAAUUUGCAGAAAUAUGGUUGCAUUAGUCCUAGCCAAGAAUUUCUGGGUGAAAAUCUUCAAACCCAUGAACCAGAAUCCGACAUUAACCCAGAAAUUCAUAACCUUCAACCUUUAAAACCCACAAAUGUAGCUGAAGAAUUUGCUAAUCAAAGUACAUGGGAUCAAAUAAUUGAGAUUGUUAAGUUUUCUGGGCCUGCUACUGGGCUUUGGAUUUGUGGGCCUUUGAUGAGUCUCAUUGAUACUGCUGUUAUUGGCCAAGGCAGCUCUCUUGAACUUGCUGCUUUAGGUAAUUUUGGUUUUUUAUUUGGGGUCCAGCAACUAACUGUACUAUGUGACUAUGUUGGAUAUGUGUUUAUGUUUCUUUCAGUUGCAACUUCCAAUAUGGUUGCUACUUCACUAGCUCAAAAGAAUGAGGAUCAAGUGCAGCAUCAGAUAUCCAUGUUACUAUUCAUAAGUUUGGCAAGUGGAGUGCUGUUGUUUAUACUGACAAAAGGCUUCGGUAAAUGGGCUUUAACUGCUUUUGUAGGAGCGAAGAAUAUGAAUCUUGUAUCUGCUGCGAACUCUUAUCUACAGAUUCGUGCUUUAGCAUGGCCUGCCAUUCUUGUUGGCUAUGUCGCUCAGAGUGCCAGUCUAGGCAUGAAAGAUUCCCUGGGGCCAUUGAAGGCAUUGCUCAUUGCCACUGCUCUCAGUGGAAUUGGUGAUAUAGUACUCUGUAUAUUCUUAAAUUAUGGAAUAGAUGGUGCAGCGUGGGCAACUGCAGUAUCACAAAUUGUUGCAGCUUAUGUGAUGAUUGAUGCUUUGAAUAGAAAAGGAUACAAUGGGUAUUCCUUUUCAGCUCCAUCACUUGCUGAAUUGCAAGAGAUAUUUGGGAUAGCUGCCCCCAUCUUUGUAACCAUGUUUUCAAAGGUGGCCUUCUAUGGUCUACUUAUUUAUUUUGCUACGUCUAUGGGUACGCAUGUAGUGGCUGCUCAUCAGGUGUUGCUUAAUAUAUUUGGCAUGUGUUCUGUAUGGGGUGAGCCCCUUUCUCAAACUGCACAAUCAUUUAUGCCCGAGCUACUGUAUGGAGCCAACCGAAGUUUAGUAAAGGCGAGAUCUCUAUUGAAGUCUCUUUUGAUAUUAGGAGCAUCCAUUGGACUUCUUCUAGGAACUGCUGCAACUUCUGUCCCCUUUGUUGUUCCUAAUUUCUUCACAUCUGAUACAGUAGUGAUAGGAGAGAUGCGCAAUGUUUGGAUUUGCUUCUUCCUUGCUUUGAGUGUGACUCCUUGUAUACUCCCCUGUGAGGGUACAUUGCUGGCUGGCAGGGAUCUCAAAUUCAUUAGUAUAUCAAUGAGCGGAUGUUUUGCUUUGGGCGCACUUGUAUUACUGCUCGUGAGAAGUCAAGGAGUAGGUUUAGUAGGCUGUUGGAGUGCCCUUGUUGGAUUUCAAUGGGCACGAUUCUUGAUUUCUCUAAGACGCCUUCUUUCUCCUAGUGGUGUAUUAUUCUCAGAGGAUCUUGACUGUUUCAGAUUGGCUGAGCUUAAGGUAGCUUAGGUAAAGAUUCAACAAAC